UUGGGCGCCUCGGCGGGCCGCGGGGCCGUGCGGCGCGGGGGCUGGUGGUGGUGCUGACCACCAUGGUGACCACCAUGCCCAGGUAGCAUGCUGGCGCCCACCCCGUCCCCGGCCAUGGACGCCGUGGACGACAUCGCCACCACCGCCGACUACUACAACGCCACCAAUGGCACGGACCCCGGCGGGGGUACCUCCGUGUACUGCGGCGCGGGGCUGGAGUCGUUCCAGUCGAGCUACCGGGCGGGCCAUGGCAUCAUCUCGCUGCUCGUGUGCCUGUUCGGCUCGGUGGCCAACGGCCUCAACAUCGCCGUGCUCACGCGCCGCGAGAUGGCCUCGCCCACCAACGCCAUCCUCACGGGGCUGGCCGUGGCCGACCUCCUCGUCAUGCUGGAGUACAUCCCCUUCGCGCUGCACAUGUACCUGCUGAUCCGGCCGCCCUCCGAGAAGUACUCGUACCCCUGGACAGUGUUCGUGCUGUUCCACUCCAACUUCGCGCAGGUGUUCCACACCAUCUCCAUCUGGCUGACGGUGACGCUGGCCGUGUGGCGCUACAUCGCCGUGGCGCACCCGGCGCGCAACCACGAGUGGUGCAACAUGCGGACCACGGUCAUCGCCAUCUUCUCGGGCUACGUCAUCUGCCCGCUGCUCUGCAUCCCGGUGUACCUCACCUUCUCCAUCCAGUCCAGCGUGGACGCCAAGACCAACGCCACGUACUACUUCGUCAACCUCAGCGACAUGGGCAAGUUCCACAACGGGCUACUCAAGAACAUCAACUUCUGGGUGUACAGUGUGGUGAUCAAGCUGGUGCCGUGCGCCGCGCUCACCAUCCUCAGCCUGCGGCUCAUCUUCGCGCUGCUGGAGACCAAGCGGCGGCGGCAGCAGCUCUCCAUGGGCAGCUCGGUGCACCAGGCGCUCAACGGCGGCGCGUCGGGGGGCGGCGGCGGCGGCAAGCGAAAGAGCAGCCGCCGCGCCAAUAAGAGUCAGCGGCUCGUCGAGAAGGAGAAGCAGACCGACCGGACGACCAAGAUGCUGCUGGCCGUGUUGCUGCUGUUCUUGAUCACCGAGGCGCCCCAGGGCCUCCUCGGGCUGCUCAGCGUGCUGCUGGGCAACCAGUUCUUCCAGGAGUGCUACGUCAAGCUGGGCGAUGUGAUGGACAUCCUGGCGCUCAUCAACUCCGCCAUCAACUUCAUGGUGUACUGCUGCAUGAGCCGGCAGUUCCGCAACACGUUCAACACGCUGUUCCGGCCGCGCCUGCUCAACGCCUGGACCAUGGUGCCGCAGACCAACGGGCACGAGGACGGCAACGGCCACACCGUGGGGGUCACCAUGACCCAGGUGACGAACGUGUAGCACCGGCUCCGGGGCCACACCGCCUGCCAGCCACUGUAAGCACGCCGCGCCGCCCCAGGCCGUGGAGCAGACAAGUCGGAGAGCAUUGUGGUGGCGGAGCUGCCUCCACUGGAGGCUGUCAGAAUCCCGGACGCGUUUUGAGCUCCAGAGUCACUAACGGGGUCUCGAAUCGAACGUGUGGCCCCACCAAUAGACUGCUCUCCGAACGAGGAAUCCAUUGAUGGGGUCACACGCUCAGUUUUGAGUCAAAACGCGCCCAGAGUUUAAGCCGCCUGCGCGGGUCUCCUGGCCCACUGUGCUGCGGUGGGGGGAGCUGCCUCAGUGGAGGGGGACUGUCGCCAGUGGAGGGGGGAGCAGAGUGGGGGCGGGCUUGUCCCCCCGUGUCGGCCGACCCUGGCAGCUGCAACGCGACAAACUCCCGACCCACCGUGUGGCCAACACAGUGUGCCAGCACUCAGUGACACAGCUAUUUCGGUUUUUCGAGUGCUGGCGUGACGACAACGGGACCUCUGCUCUUAUCAGGCCGGGUGGCGGGCGUGCCGGUACAGUGGUGGCGGUGUGUGGCCCCGCUUCAGGCCCUGCGUUCCGGCUGCGAGAUUUCGCGUCGCCGGGGCCCUUUUGGUCUCUGUGGCGCCAUCGUCCGCGGACGCGCGGCUGGAGGAGAAAUCCCCUCGAGGCUGUCUUCCAAACAGGUUUCAUGGACAGACUAGCUGUGUCGGACUCACGCGCGGGCUGAUUACGUAUCAGUGCGCCUAGGGACGAUAACAAACCCCCGUGGGUCUGUGACUCACCUAGUAGUGUUACCAGGCUGGCCUGAAGCUUUUUAAAAACACCAAAACUAUUUUUUCUAAUUACUACGUUAAAAGGUAUGUUUCUUUCUGUAUGGACGUGAGCAACACUGCGCCGAGUGGUCGGCGGCAGUGUUUUAGUGGGUGAGGAAAAGUACGUGGUGGGUUACCUCGUUGUGCGAGCGUGGGCAGGCUGCAACGAACCCCGGCGGAACCUCCGGGCACUACCUGCCUGAAUAAUUUAUUUCGACGGUGUUGACGAAAUGGGAGAGCAGCGGUCCCCUGUGAUUUGCACCACUCAGUAGGAAGCGUGGAGCCCGCUGUUGACCUUGGGCGAGCUAGCAGAGCUCAGCAGUGCUCAGCACACCACGAAACCGCCUUGUAUAUCAGCCCCCUGACCGCAGAGACGGGUCGGGUCGUCCGGCCCGUCGCUCGUCGGCUCCAGGACCGGCUUACCGGGACACACUGCGCCCACACUGUGCACAGCAUUCCAAAGCCGGGCUGCGGCGCCAGAGGCUGUUUGAAGCAUCGCUGGCUUUGCAUCAUUUUUCACUAAUGAAACGUGAUGGCUGGUUCAAGGGGCAGAAAAACCAUACGCCUUGCUUAAUUUUACAACUGAUGGGAUCUGUUUUCAAUUGGAUCUAUUCACCCUAAAUAUAAAAUUUUGGCUUUUGCUCACUACUUUUACCGUUGGUUCCGUUGAAACAGCUGGUGUGUGAAAAGGAUGCAAAUUGUGAUUGGGUGCAGGCGGUCUCUACUUCCGCGUGGCUGUGCUCGGCGGCCGAGCAAUUUCAUCCCAAGGCCGCCGGCGGUUCCUCUAAAAGUAUUAAUUUGAAUUCGUUGGCCUUGGUCGACGUGUGCAGUUGCCUGCGCGCUUGCUGAGCUGCUCUCCACAUAUUCAGCAGUCGGAUCAACUCCACUCAUUUUUUUUUUUUUUAGUUUUCCGUUUCAUUUUUUUAAAACAAUUUGAGAAGUUUGAAGACAAACUAAUGGAAAAUCGUUCUAAAAAUUCGUUAUCAUGGACAAUUUAUUUUUGAAUUAAAGGUCUUCAGUGAAAAAAAACGUGGGGUCGUUAGAAGGAGUGCCCAUGCUCACAAUGUCAGAACCACUCUUGUGAACUGUUCCUGCGGGUCGUCGUGGAAGAAUGUGAGGACUCGCAUGAUUGGCUGCUCAUGUUCGCCACUUUGGUCAUGGAACGUUAUUUAUCGACGCUAAGGUUUUGUACUUAGAUGUAAUGCUGUGUUCAUUGUACAGUUUGUUAACACAUGUUCAUAAAGAGAAGGUAGUACUUUUCCGAACGAGUGCGUUAUUCCCGAUGUGUACAUAUUUUCGAUUUGUAUCUUUUAUUUUUGAGUAUUUGUAACCGAAGAACAUGGCGCGCCCGAUCCACCUGAGCCCGGAUUCCUGCGAGCCAUUUUCUUCGGAACGUAGUGACUUUUGUGUCAUCUACCGUUUACAAUUUAUUACGCGUAUAUUUGUUGCCAUGAUAUGGUCAAGGUUCAACAUGACAUAAUUAAAUAAUUUAUAAAGUAUUUUCCUGAGUCUUACACGUUUCAAGCUCUACCGCAGUUUUAACCGAUUGGCAUAUUUUUGUAUUUAAAUUAAUAAAGAGUACUUUUGAUUACUUA